UAAGACAAGUGAAGUUACAGAGGCUGUUCCCUCUGACUUGUGCUAUUUCUUCUCUGACUAGAAAAAUCUAUUGUUGCUUGCCCCCCAUCCAGCUUUCCAUUCUUUAGGAGCCUUUGUUGUUAAUUUAUAUAUAGUGUACCUUUCUGAGUUAGACUCUCACUGCAUAAACCAAGGAGUGUGUGAGAGUGAGUUAGAGGGAGAGAAAGAGAGAUGGGUAGAGCUCCUUGCUGUGACAAGACAAUUGUAAAGAAGGGACCAUGGUCUCCUGAAGAAGAUGCUAAGCUAAAGGAAUACAUAGAGAAACAUGGAACUGGAGGGAAUUGGAUUGUUCUCCCACAAAAAGUUGGUUUGAAAAGAUGUGGCAAGAGCUGUAGACUGAGAUGGCUUAAUUAUCUCAGACCCAACAUUAAGCACGGCGAGUUCUCUGAUGCAGAAGAUAGAAUCAUCUGCAGCCUCUUUGCUAGCAUAGGAAGCAGGUGGUCAAUAAUAGCAUCUCAGUUGCCAGGCAGGACUGACAAUGAUAUCAAGAACUACUGGAACACUAAGCUUAAGAAAAAAAUGAUGGCCAUGAAUCCUUCAACACAGAGGAAACCUCAACAAGCUACCCUUUUAUCCAUUGUUAAGAAUUCAACAUCAUCAUCAUCAUCUUCACUAUUAUCAUUCAGAGACAGCGACAACUCCUACCACCACCGUAAUGGAUCUAGGUCCUUGUCCUCCUCAUCAAGUCUUUUUAGUGGAAAUUCUUCUAAUUCAAUUUUCCAAGCACAAGAAAGUUUCAUGGAUCCCACUAAGUGCCAAUUUAAAGAUAGCAAUAGCAUCUUUAUGUUUGGAGGUGAAGCUACUAGUUGCAGCUCUUCUGAUGGGAGCUGCAACAACCAGAUUAGUCAUGUCAUAGAACAAGAUUUUAAAUAUGGUGGAGAAGGGUGUGGUGAUGCAACUUUUGUGGAGCAGAUAGGUGCUGUUAAUUGCCUCUACAGUGGGGUGGAUGAUACCCAGAAGUUGAUGCUCUCCAAUGCUGGUAGUGUUAGUGAGUUGACAGAGAAACAAAAUGGGUUGUGGGGAGAAAAUCCAUUAGAUUAUGGUCUAGAAGAAAUUAAGCAGCUAAUAAGCACUAAUAAUUGCAACAACUUUUUGUUUGAUGACAAGAAGACAGAGGAGGAAAGUGUCAUGUACCACUGAUGCUGACUGUGGAUAAAAUGAAGAAGAUUUGAAGGGCCAACGAAAGGGGAUACUUAGAAGAUUCAGACUUGGACUGAGUUUAUGCCUUUGUGGGAAUGGAUUUUUACUGUUGAAUAGAACCACUUUCUUUGUUGAAAGUACAUGGUAAAAGUUUUCUUUUUGCAUUUACUUGGCCGAGGUAUAACCCCACCCAGUUAAGCCAUAAAGAUGUCCCAAAUAAUUGAAGGAAGAAAAAAGAAAAGAAGCCUACACACUUAACUAGAGUAGUACUCUUUAGUCUCCUUUAUCAUCCAAACAUAAACAAAGAGGCUUGCAGCAGCAAUCCA